ACUUUAUAGACCUGUAUUUAUCCUCAGGAAUUGAUGUCAAUAGCUUAGACUCGUAAGACAAACCGUUUUCUUAUUUCUGCUGUGAAAUGGCCACUCCCAACGCAAUACUCACUCCCCAUUCCCCCGCCCUCGCAUCCGCAGCGACAAAAGAACUAAAGGACGACGCCCCCGAUGCCAUAGAACUAGGCGCCCCCGUGCAAAGGCGCGAAAACAAAUCCAUCUUCUCACGAUGGCAGAAGCGAUGGAUCUCCCUCAUAACCUCCUUCGCAGCCAUGUUCUCGACCCUCAGCACCUUCGUCUACCUCCCCGCCCUCACCCCCAUAUCCCGCGACCUCAGCGUCUCCAUCACGCUCAUGAACCUCACUGUCACAUCCUACCUAGUGGUCGCGGGCAUCGCGCCCGCGUUCAUAGGCGAUAUUGCAGACCAGAGCGGCCGCAAACCCGUCUACAUCCUCAUGUUCCUGUUCAUGCUGGCGGCGAACCUGGGCAUGGCGAAUCUAACUGCGUGGAGCGUGCUGCUGGUGCUGAGGAUGAUACUGAGCGCGGGGGCUUCAGGUACGGUGAGCGUUGCGUAUGGUGUUGUUGCGGAUAUUACGACUGCUGGGGAGAGGGGGUCGUUUAUCGGGACGAUCUUUUUGUUCACGACAAUGGCGCCGAGUUUGGGGCCUGUAUUGGGAGGUAUACUUGCAGAGAAACUCGGCUGGCGCUGGAUCUUUUGGUUCCUCUCCAUCCUCACCGGAGGAACCCUCGUGAUACUAGCCCUCCUUCUUCCCGAGACGCAGAGAAAGAUUGUCGGAGAUGGAAGUCUGCCAGCCAGAGGGAUAUACUGGAGUGUGGUAUCCCCAAAGGCCUCAAGGUCAACUCGGCAGAGCCAAGGAGAUGCCGAGCCUCGUGAAAAGAGAGGCUGCCGAUUCCCCAACCCUCUUACCUGCCUCCCCGUGCUCAUGGACAAGGGGUCUCUCUUCUCGAUCCUGAUCGGAGCCUUGCAGUAUGUCAAUGUGAUGACGCUGCAGACGUCGCUUGCAUCGCUGAGCAUCGAGAUAUACAACCUGAACUACCUGCAGGCAGGCCUCAUCUACAUCCCCUGUGGAGUAUGCUCAGCAGUGUCUGCAAAAGUCACAGGCAAGUAUAUCGACUGGAACUUUCGCCGAACCCGACACAGACUAGGCGUAGAAGAUGCCCGCGGCGUGGGAGACAUCGAGGGCUUCCCUCUUGAACAUACUCGCCUCGAAGGAGCCUACCUCCUCACGAUAAUAUGCACCCUAACAACAGUAGGCUACGGCCUGAUCGUCGAGUUCAAAACAGUGAGAUCCUCAUCCUCUUAUAGCCCUUCUAGAACUCACACUGCCAAGCAUAUAUCAUCGAUGCUAGCGAUGCAAGCCCUAGCAGGUCUCACAGCGGGAGCCUUAUUCACGAUGACAGCCACCCUCAUCACAGACUACAACACACACCGCUCUGCAACAGCCCAAGCGGCGUCCAACCUCAUCCGCUGCGUGGGCGCGGGAGCAGGCACAGCGUCGUUCGAACCCCUCAUCCGCGCGAUCGGUUCUGGUUGGGCGUUCGCGAUCUACGCCAUCCUGGUCCUGCUCCAGGUGCCGUUGAUCUGGGGAUUGAAGAGGAACGGCAUGGCCUGGAGGAGCAGGAACAAGUGAGACGGACGACUCAGAUAAGAGGGGGAAGCCCACUAAUACGUACUUCGAAACGUGGUCUCCGGGGGAGGCUGGACAGGGAUGUUGCUGAUGGCCUGCAAUAUCCACUUUAAUAAAUGAGCAUAACAGCCUCCCCCGCAAAAAGGGGCGUGACAGGUCUUGUCCUCAGCAAGCACGAAUAAUGAAAAAUAUUAUAUAUAUUAGCUAAUAGUAAAUUAAUACUUCUAUAUCUAGGUUAAUAUAUAAAAUAAGAUAAUUAA